CUACAUAAACCUAACUAGAUAGAAUCAACUUAUACCAUGUACCAUCAAACCACACAGAAGAUGUGCAGGAAUAAAGGCGAUAGGAGCACAAGCAGUGCAAAGGCUUGGAGGAGCCAGGGAUAAUGGAGGAGCUGAGGGACAGGGAAGUAAAGUGGUUGGAGACAUAAGCUCUCUGCUGACACAGUAACCAGAGAUUUACAACCUGCCUGGCUUGCGUUGUCCUGUGUGUAUCUGACCAGACUGUUAGUGUGCAAGUCCUGCCACAGUUUGUUAAGGAUCUAUUUUGCUGGCGCACUGCACAACAACCAGGCUGAAAAGAGCAGCUCUUGUCUGAGUGACUCUGCAAGAUAUUCAAGUACCACAAAAUCUCCUCCUAUUCAUCCUACCACUCCAUUGAUUUCAGCAGCGGCACAAUGGGGACCUUAAGCUCCAAGGCUUGGUACAAAAGAGACGCCCGGGUGGUGAUGCUGGGACUGGAUUUUGCAGGCAAAUCCACCAUCUUGUCUAAAUUGAAGAGCAGCGAGCUUGUGGAGACUUUCCCGACAGUGGGCUUUAAUGUGGAGUCUCUGAAAACCCCAUGUCAUCUACCCUUGACUCUCUGGGAUGUGGGUGGUCAAGACAAGCUCCGCGCUAGCUGGAAGGACUAUCUGGAAGACACGGAUGCUCUCAUCUUUGUGCUGGACAGUGCCGACAAAACCCGGCUGCCAGAGGCAAUGGCUGAAUUGGAGAAAGUCCUGAACAACAUAAACAUGACUGGGGUUCCAGUCUUGCUUCUGGCCAACAAGCAGGAGCUGCCAAGGUCCCUCUCUCUCUCAGAGCUGCAGGAGAGGCUGAAUCUGGAAUGGUUCAGUGGCCGAAGCUGGGAGCUGAGAGGGUGCAGUGCUCACACUGGUGAGGGGUUGAGGGAAGCCUUAAUGGCCCUGGCAGGACUUCUUAAGAGCCGGGAUAAGAAUUCCCCUGAAUGUGUCUGUGCACCACUGCAGUGA